UUUUAUCCAUAAUGCUACAAAUGGGAGAAGAUUUGAUGUGCUACUCGUCGUUGUUUUUGUUGGUCUUGUUGGGGACGAGGAGCCCCUCUGUAGCCUCUCUGCUCACUGUCUCCAUGUUCGUCUUCAUCACGAUGUUCCGGUUCGCCCCGCUGCCCGCGGAGCAGGCCGGGAAAGUGCUGCGGCCGCGGGCUUCUGUCGGCAGGGUCCUGGUGGUGGCGCAUCGCGGGGGCGGUCACGACGCUCCAGAGAACACGCUAUCUGCCAUCAGAGAGGCCAGCAGAAAUGGGGCUGGUGCUGUACAGCUGGACCUGAGAUUCACUGCAGAUGGAGUGGCUGUUCUGAUGCACGAUGAAACUGUGGACCGCACCACCAAUGGCUCCGGACGACUCAGCAAACUGCGCUUUGCUCAGAUAAGAACUCUGGAUGCUGCUGCACGGCAUAGGCUCAAAGACAAGUUCAGCGUGGAGAUGGUGCCCACUCUCCAGGAGGCAGUGGAGGAAUGUCUAAAACACCAACUGACAAUUUUCUUUGGCGUUAGAGGUGACCCAGAAAAGGCUGCAUCAGCUCUCCAUCACUUGUAUAAGAAGUAUCCAGGUCUUCACAAUUCAAGCAUUGUUUCCUCAUUUGAACCCAAAGUUAUUUACAAGAUGCGUCAGACUGACCCGAGUGUAGUGACUGCUCUCUCACACCAGCCCUGGAGAUUCAGUCAAGUUGAAAAUGGCACUGAUCAGAACAAAUCCAGAUGGGGACAGAUAUGGUCGGCCAUUUUGGAUGUUGUGUUAGACUGGGCCCAUCAUCAUGUACUGUGGAGACUCUGUGGAAUCUCAGCUAUUCUUGUACAUAAAGACUCUAUAUCGCUGGAUUAUGUGCAGUUUUGGGCCCAACGCAGUGUGGAGGUGGUGGGCUGGACAGUCAACUCUGCUGUGGAGAAAGAGUUUUAUCAAAAUGUAUUGAAAAUUGGAUACUUAACCGAAUGUUUGCUAGAGGACUGUUAACAUCAUUAUUAGAUAAUAAUAGUGGUAAGUAAUAAUACAUGUGUAAGUUGAAAGAUUAUAUGAUUUAUUUACAUUUCAGUCUUUAUAUUAAAUAAAAAGGAUUAAAUUCUAUGUUAACAGAACGAGCUCAUAAAAGUUGAUUUAGCCUUUUUAAAGAAAUAAAUCCACUUUG